UCGUCAUCAGUAAAGAGAGACGCACAGACGAUCAGACCUCAGACCAAACUAGCAGCUUCCUCUGAGUGAGUCCAGCUACAGGAGAGAAAAGUGGAAAACUCCAACACUGCUGCUUCAAGCUGCUGACGCUCCACACACUGAAUCUUCACUCACAGACUCAAUGGCUUCCAGAUCAGAGGAGGAUCUCUGCUGUCAGGAGAGAGAUCAGAGAGCUUCAGAGGCUCUCUGCAGUCUGCACUCUGAGAAACUCAAACUCUUCUGUCUGGACCAUCAGCAGCCAGUGUGUGUCGUCUGCAGAGACUCAGAAAAACACACCAAUCACAGAUUCAGACCCAUCGAUGAAGCUGCACAACAACACAAGAAGGAACUUCAGGAAACUCUGGAGCCCUUAAAGAAGAAGUUAAAUGUUUGUGAAGAAGUUCAAGUGAAGUUUGGUCAAACAGCAGAACACAUUAAGGUCCAGGCCCGACACACAGAGAGGCAGAUUAAGGAGCAGUUUAAGAAGUUUCACCAGUUUCUAGCAGAGGAAGAGGAGGCCAGGCUGGCUGCACUGAGGGAGGAAGAGGAGCAGAAGAGUGGGAUGAUGAAGGAGAAGAUGGAGGCUCUGAGCAGAGAGAUAGCAGCUCUUUCAGACACAGUCAGAGCCACAGAGGAGGAGCUGAGAGCUGAAGACGUCUCAUUCCUGCACAACUACAAGGCUGCAGUGGAAAGAGUCCAGCGCUGCCCCCUGCUGGAUGAUCCACAGCUGCCCUCAGGAGCUCUGAUAGACCAGGCCAAACACCUGGGCAACCUGACCUUCAACAUCUGGAACAACAUGAAGGACAUCGUCUCCUACACUCCUCUCAUUUUGGACCCAAACACUGCUCAUCCAGACCUCAUCCUGUCUGAAGAUCUGACCAGUGUGAGAUAUGGAGGAGAGAGGCAGCAGCUUCCUGAUAAUCCAGAGAGGUUUGAUCAUUCCUGCUCUGUCCUGAGCUCUGAGGGCUUUAACUCAGGGACUCACAGCUGGGAUGUUGAAGUUGGAGACAGUAUACGGUGGGGACUGGGUGUGUUAGCAGAGUCUGGGCAGAGGAAGGGAGUCAUAGGGUUAGGGUUAUGGAGAAUAGGGUGCUGUUCAAGUAAAUACUACGCACUUUCACCAUCAGCUCCUACCACUGAUCUCUCAGUAGAGAAGAAGCUCCAGAGGAUCAGAGUGAAUCUGGACUGGAACAGAGGACAGCUGACGUUCUCUGAUCCUGAUACUAACACACACAUACACACCUUCACACACACUUUCACUCACAGGAUGUUUCCAUAUAUUAACACUUAUGAUAAAGCUAAAGUGUUGCCAUCGAAGGUUCAGUGUGAGUGGGGCAGAUGAGUUGAGGAUGAUUAUAUUUCUAAUGUUGUUUCCUGUCACUGUUAGACCUCUGCCUCACCACCACAUAUUUCAAAUACAAC